AUGUCGCAUCCAAAACUUUAUGAAACUCGUGGUGCACAUUAUCAUGAUGAAAGUCAAACGACUAGUUUUUGUUUAUAUGCACCUAAUGCAAGAAAUGUUUGGCUUAUAUUAACUGCCUAUGGUAUACAACAAUAUCGAUUACAAAUGAUCAAAAAUCAUGAGGAUCUAUGGGAAAUUGUGACAGAUAAAGCACCACCUGGUCGAACUUAUCUCUAUCUAAUCGAUGGUUAUCAUGGAAGACAAAUGUUACGAACAGAUCCAGUAAGUUUUUCUGUUGUCUCUAAUUUGAUAACUCGACGUGUUCAAUCAGUUGUUCAUGAUGAAACAGUUUAUUCAUGGAAUGAUCAGAAUUGGAUGAGACAACGUGCUCGAACUAAUCCUUUGAAAUUACCGUUAUCUAUCUAUGAAAUUCAACCAAAAUCAUGGAAAAGUAGUGUUUAUUGGCCAUUGAACUUUCGUCAAGUGGCUGGUGAAUUAGCAACGUAUUGUAAUCAAAUGGGAUUUACUCAUGUUGAAAUGUAUGGUAUAUUAGAACACACAGACAGAUGGGAAUAUGGCUACCAGAUAGCCAAUUAUUUUGCUCCUUCUCGUUUUAGUGGUUUAUGUGAUGAUUUAAAGUAUUUGAUUGAUCAUUUACAUCAAAAUGGUAUUGGUGUUAUU